GAUAACGAGGAGCCCAUGUGCGACGACGACUACGACGACUACUCCAAGGAGCUGAACCAGUACCGGAGGAGCAAGGAGAACCGCGGGCGGGGCUUGAACCGAGGACGUGGCCGUGGCCCCAGAGGAAGAGGGAAUAAAGGGAUGGGCCGAGGCCGCGGAAGAGGCGGGAACAGGAGCGGGAUGGGGAAGGGCGGGAUGAACGAUGACGACGACUACUACGACGAGGACAUGGGGGAUGGAGGAGGUGGUGGGAAUUACCGGCGCAACGACCACGACAAACCCCACCAGCAGUCGGAUAAGAAAGGGAAAGUGAUCUGCAAAUAUUUUGUGGAAGGCAGAUGUACCUGGGGGGAUCACUGCAACUUCAGCCACGACAUCGAACUCCCAAAGAAGCGGGAACUCUGCAAGUUCUACAUCACUGGCUACUGCGCCCGGGCAGAAAACUGCCCCUACAUGCACGGGGAUUUCCCUUGCAAGCUGUUCCACACCACAGGCAACUGCAUCAACGGGGAUGACUGCAUGUUCUCCCACGAUCCACUCACUGAGGAGACCCGGGAGCUUCUGGAUAAGAUGCUGGCGGACGACGCGGAAGCGGGUGCAGAGGAUGAGAAAGAAGUGGAAGAGCUGAAGAAACAAGGAAUCAACCCUCUUCCCAAACCACCUCCCGGCGUGGGUUUGCUUCCCACACCUCCUCGUCCUCCUGGUCCACCAGCUCCAAACUCUCCCAAUGGAAGACCCAUUCCUGGAGGUCCUCCUCCACCUCCUCCUCCUCCUCUCCCACCCCCGGGGCCACAGAUGCCACCACCCAUGCACGAGCCACUGUCCCCUCAGCAGCAGGACAUGUACAAAAAAAUCCCCUCCCUCUUCGAGAUCGUCGUCCGACCCACGGGACAACUGGCAGAAAAGUUGGGAGUCAGAUUUCCUGGGCCUGGAGGACCCCCAGGUCCAAUGCCAGGCCCCAUGCACCCCGACAUGCACCCUGACAUGCACCCCGACAUGCACCCGGAUAUGCACCCUGACAUGCACCCCGACAUGCACCCCGACAUGCACCCCGACAUGCACCCCGACAUGCACCCCGACAUGCACCCCGACAUGCCGAUGGGACCAGGAAUGAAUCCUGGUCCUCCAAUGGGUCCUGGACCUCCCAUGAUGCCCUACGGUCCGGAUGAUUCCCCCCAUUCCGGCAUGAUCCCGCCCGGCCCUCCGCCUCAAGGCUUUUAUGACAACUUCUACCAGCAGCAGGAAGGUCUGGACAUGGAUCAUGGAAUGAUGGGAGAUCCAGACGACUACAGAGAUUAUGAGGACAUGGAAGGUCCUCCUGGAGAGCACAUGUUCCCUGAUCCUUCCCUGGAUCCUGAGGCCUUGUGUGAAGGUCCUCCUGGUUUGCCAAAGGCUCCGGGCAACAUUCCCGAUUUCCUGCCCUCGGCACAACGGGCCCUUUACCUGAGGAUCCAGCAGAAGCAGCAGGAGGAGGAGGAAAGAGCCCGGAGAUUGGCCGAGAACAACAAGCAGGAACGGGAACAUGAGGAAGGGGACCCCGGGAACUGGUAUUCCAGCGACGAGGACGACGGCGGAAGCAGCGUCUCUUCCAUCUUGAAAACCCUCCGCCAACAAAGCUCCUCCCGCCAUUCCCAACCAUCCCAUGGAGACCUCGGAUCAUCCUCCGGGAUCGCCGACCCCAGGCUCCAAAAAUCCCAAGGGAUGGGGGGGAACUCCCGUCCCGCUGAUCCGCGCUUACGGGAUCCCAGACUUUCCCGGAACGCCGAAAUUCCCGCCGAUUCCGGCCCCACCGAUCCCAGAUUAGCGCGACACAUUCCUGCCUCUCUUCCCAAACCAGAAAUUCCUCAUUCCAGCCUCGGGGGGGCACCCAAACCCUCCCUGCUUCCCGAGGAGGAGGAAGGGGAAAGAGCUUUAAGGGAUAAACCCAUCAACAUCCCUUUGGAUGCUCUCCCAGGUCAUUCCCUGCGGGAUCCUCGUUCCCAGCUCCAGCAGUUCAGUCAUAUCAAGAAGGACGUUGUCCUCAACAAGCCCAACUUUUCCCGGAUGAUCCUUUGGAGCCCAGAGGAUCUCAUUCCAGUUCCAAUCCCAAAACAGGAGUUUGUUCCCGUUCCAGCUGCCCUCCAGUCCAUGCCCACCCUCGAUCCACGGCUCAACAGGCCUCAAACGGCUCUUUCCGAUCCCCGGCAAAGGGGGGGAACGACCCCAGGUGAUCCCAGCUCCUCUUCCACUUCCAGUAUCCCAGAUUUCGAGCUCUUAUCCCGGAUUUUAAAGACUGUCAACGCCGCUGGUCCCUCCUCUUCCACCCCCAGCGACAAACCCAGCGACCCCCGGAUGCGGAAAGUUCCCGUCGAUCCCAGAUUACAAAAACCCACAGAGGCAGGAAUUUCCAGAGCUCCUGAUCCCGGAUCCGGGGGCGAUUCCGCUCCCGCCAUCGCUCCCUACGACCCCCGGCUCUUGGCAUCCGGAGGUUUGAGCAAGGGGAGCGGCCAGAGCAGCGUCCUCAGCGCCAUCAGUUUAUAUGAUCCCAGGACUCCUGGUGGAGGAACCAAACCUCUGGAAUCACCCAACGAAUCCAGCAAACCCUCCGAUUCCGGGAAAACCACCGGAAAACCCAAGGAACCUCUUUUUGUUCGUCGUUCCGCUUUGGAACAACCCGAAUCCGAGAAACCCAACGUCGAAUCCACCACGGACAGAUACAACAGCUACAAUAGACCACGACCCAAAUCAUCAUCUGCUGGAACUUCCCAAGAAUCCAACCCUCAACCUGGUGUCCAUAACCUGCCGGUACCACCCGUUUAUGGGAUGGUCAAACAAAGUUCCAAGUCGGGAUCGGGAAGUCCCUUCGCCGGGAACAGCCCGGCCCGGGAUGGCGACCAACAAGAUUCCGCGUCGCUCAAGGACGUUUUCAAGGGAUUCGAUCCCACUGCUUCUCCUUUCUGCCAGUAG